GCUGCUCCCGACGUAUCUAGAGUCGCGGCAGCGACUCGGAGAUAAGUACAUUUAUGUUAUGACGAGUUUCUGCCAGACUCUUUACCGGAGCGAUAGCGUUUCCAAUUGUUUUCGAAUUAUAAAUGGACUAUGGAAGAAACGUGUCAACUGAUUGAACUGACAACGAAAUAAUAUCAGCACUCCUAUCGGUCGCAAAUGGAAGUUUCCAACAAGCAGACGAUUGAGAACAGGUGUUUCGAAAGCGAACUGUCACAAAGUGUUAAUCAUAAAAACAAUCUACUCGGUGAAUUUGGUUCCGUGAUUAAUUGAUUAACCUUUAUGAUAAAUUAUUUUUUUAUUUCCAAAUUAAAAGACGAAGUAUUACGGAAAUUGAUGGGUAAUGAAAAAAGUGCCCUGAGCGGGCUUGAGAUCGAGGAGAAGGCUAUCGAAAUAACAGACUUUUGGUUACAACACAGUGCCAGUUUAAAUCGUACCAAUAAUCCUCAAAGCAUUUCAGUUUUUAUCAGCGAACCUUCGCUUCACACAUCUGCCAGUUUUGGAAAACCAUCCCCGCUCGAACGAGCUGCCAAGAAUUUGAUGCUUCAUCGCCAUCCAUGUAUAUUAAAGUACAUAUCUUCCUGGAGGAAAGGCAGUACAUUUUAUCUUGCAACUGAAGAUGCCAAACCACUUGCUCAAGUUAUUGCUUCUCAAACGACACUACAAAUCUGUAUUGGGCUUCAUAGUAUCCUGCGAGCUCUUAUUUUUCUCCAUGAAAAAGCACUAGCCUCCCACAAUAAUGUUUGCAGCAGUUCAGUCUACGUCACACCCGAGGGCAGCUGGAAACUCGGUGGACUCGAAUAUCUCUGUAGAUUUUCUGAUUUUAAUCAAACGUAUUUGCAAAAGAUUAAAAAAUACAGAUAUGAAAAAGCUGUCGCUCCGGAAGAAGAAAGUACCUCCGACAGCCCUGCUAAUCCUGUUGCCAUUGAUCAGUACGCUUUUGGAGUCGUCACAGAAGAAGUCUUAAGACUUAAAAACGCUGACGACGUUCCUGCACUUGCUGACUUUCGUGAGAUGUGUCGAAAACAUCUGAGGCAUUCUGAUCCUCUGAGCAGGACUAAGCUCUCAGUUAUUCUGCAGCAUCCAUUUUUCACACAUGAUUUUAUAAAUAUACAUGCGUUCUUAAUGGAGUUGCCACUAAAGACUGAAAGCGAGAAGGAGAAUUUUUUCUCAACUCUAGUGCAACAACUCAAAGCUUUUCCGGAGAAAAUAGUUGCGGAACAGCUCGGGAGACUGCUCCUUUCAAGAAUGGUCUUACUGGACUGCACUGCUCAACAAAAACUGCUGCCAUACGUUUUGAAGCCAAAGAGUGAAGAUAGCAAGGAUUCUUCAGAGUCAUCAGGUCUUUUUACUAUCUCAACGUUUAAAUGCUGCCUCGUACCAAAACUGUUGCAAAUGUUUUGUGUACGCGACGUUUCAAUACGCUUAUUACUGUUGUCACACUUGAAUGCAUUUAUUUAUGCGUUUCAAAUGGACGAAUUGAAGUCACACAUACUUCCAGAACUUUUGGUUGGUAUUAAAGAUCAUGACGAUCAACUAGUGAGUACUACGCUGAGAGCUUUGGCUGAUUUGGUGCCAAUCCUUGGUGCUGCGGCUGUAAUUGGUGGUAAUAGAGGCAAAUUAUUUACCGAUGGUCGUCCUAAUCAUAAUCCAAAUCGUAUCGAAUCGAGUACACCAAGAACUGUAAGAAAGGUUUCGAUCGAUCAGCACAAAGUUGACAACGGAACAGAAAAUAAUACCGUCACACCCAUAUUGGAACUGCCCGAAAGACUUUCUCCAGACGGUGGUGAAGACAGAGUUGAAACUGUUCUAACAUAUACGGAAGAAGAGAGCACUUGGUCGGACUGGGAAACACAAGAACUUAGUUUACCCAAUGGAACCGUUGACACAAUUGCUCAGGACAACUUUGAAACAAGCCUGAAUAUUUCGUCCUUCGAACUUCCCACUUCUCCUGUCAUCGAACAGUCUAAUUCUCAAUCAACCCUCAUGAAAGAUCCCAUCAAUUACAAGAAAAAUAUUAUAAUAUCGGACAUCUCGGAACUCGAUAUAAAACAUUCGAAAUCCAUGCAAACUACGAGGGAGGAAAUUGACUUCUUCACCGACAUGGAACCAAUCAUUGAGAAGCCUCGAGUCCUCCACAUCGAACAGGUGCCGAAUAAAACUAAAAGCGUUUUCGACGUCGAAAAUGUUACAGGUCAAGUGGAAAAUGAUCAAGACGACGAUGGCUGGAUCGAAGAUCUCAAUGACUGGGGCUCCGACAAUAUGCAGGAUAUAAAAAUUUAACGAAAUCCUCCGAAAUUCAGUCGUUUCUCGAAGUCCGUGACUUUCAAAUGGACUGAUAAUGUACAUAUUGAUUAUAUAAAAUAGGAUCGAUUACUUUUUUUCGUCCGUUACGCGCCGGUCACCUACGAAAAUAUGAAUAUAUUUUUUUUGUAAAAUAUAAUUAAGAAUCGUUAAUGUUAAAUCUAAUAUCGCUGAAAGGUGUUAUGAGAAAAUGGAAAAGUUUCGUUCGGAUAGAAAAUCAUGAAAGAAAAACUGUUCCAUCACGAAAACAUUAUGGAUUUUUGGUAUAAAUUUUCUGAACAAAUAAAAUAGAAGAUUUCUAAUAAUUUCGUCUAUAAAUAUUGAGAAAGAUUUUUGUUCGUACAGCGUCUUCGUCUUGAAAUAUUUCUCGCAAUGCAUUUUUAAUUAUAUGGAACGGUGCAAUACUAUGUAAAUUUUACCUUAUUAGAAAUUCAAUCCAUCCAGUGAGCUGCGUACGUUAAUUUGUGUACAAUAAGAAUUUUCAAUAAAUAAACGUGAACGUUGUGUAAAAAGUGAUAAUAAAAUUAUUUCGAGAGAAA